GCAGAUAGGAAAGUGCAUGAUUAUUUAAGUUGUAACUAUUCUUCCAUUGUUGUUACUACUGCAAUAGCUAACUGGCAUGCAAUUGAACAGGUACCUGUACUGCAAAAUGUUAGCAUUUCAGUGAAUCCAAGUGAAGUGGUUGCAAUUGUCGGUCUUAGUGGUAGCGGAAAAAGCACCCUGGUGAAUCUUUUGCUCCAUCUUUAUGAACCAACUAGUGGUCAGAUUUUGAUAGAUGGCUUCCCUCUUAAAGAGCUUGACAUCAAGUGGCUGAGGGAAAGAAUUGGAUAUGUUGGACAGGAACCAAAACUUUUCCGCAUGGAUAUCAGUUCAAAUAUUAAAUAUGGAUGUACUCGAGAAAUAAAGCAGGAGGAUAUUGAGUGGGCUGCCAAGCAAGCAUAUGCCCAUGACUUCAUCUCAUCGCUGCCCAAUGGUUAUGAAACACUUGUUGAUGAUGAUUUGCUUAGUGGGGGACAGAAGCAGCGAAUUGCUAUUGCUCGUGCCAUUCUUAGGGACCCUACUAUUUUGAUCCUUGAUGAAGCCACCAGUGCAUUGGAUGCAGAGAGUGAACACAACAUCAAGGGUGUUCUUCGUUCUAUGAGAAGCGACAAGAUGACAAAGAGAACUGUACUAGUAAUUGCACACAGGCUUUCCACAAUACAAGCAGCCGACAGGAUAGUGGUAAUGGAUGGUGGCCGCAUUGUUGAGAUGGGCACUCACGGGGAGCUUCUCCGGAAAGAAGGCCUGUAUGCAAGACUGACCAGAAGACAAGCUGAUGCAGUAGCAUGAUUGUGUGAUAAUACAUCGGACGUUGGUCUCCUUAUUUCAACUUAUUUAUGAGGAGAUAAAGGUUGAAGCUAUUUUUUCUACGGCUGACCCUUGUGUUUUAUACCCAACAACAGAACUGAAGAUGAAUUAUACAAUUAAGCUGCAAUGCCUCCGAUCCUCCAUGAAUAUACGAGGACGCCAUAAAUGGAGUGCAGCAGAUGUAACCAAAAUUCAUUUGUUGUAAUUACCAGUGUAACUCUAGACAAGCAAAUGUGAAACUAGGAAGUCGGACGUCACGUCAAACAAGUCUGAUAGCUUUACAAUGACAAUUUUUUAUUAAGUGGGUGCACUCUAUCUAUUGACAUUAUUUAGCCCUUCACGGGCUUCUUUCCAGAGAAAAUUGAGUGGCAAAUGCACUUGUUUACAGUGACAGCUAUCUGUUAACGGUGUAUUAAUAAAAGAUGAA